UUAAGACUUGAAAUAUUGAUUGAUUAAUAUCCCGUUUGUAACAGAUGCAUUUAAAUGAGCGAACAUUAGUUGGCAAUAUGAACUUUUUAAUAUCUUUGAAACGUUGUGAGCGCGGUUUCUCCCACUUGUGGUAUGUUUCACUUGAGUGCGUGAAAGACAAUUUUUUGUUGUCAUAUUUAAAAUUAUGUGAAAGGAAAUGUGUGUUGGUGUGUAGUGGUUGAUAGCAAUUUCAUUGCAGAAACUAUUGGUAGUUCGAAGGGAACUUGUUAUUAUGACAUAAUGUUAGAAUCCCAUUCACGUGGCCUUACCUUUUAACUACCUGUUAUCACGUUAUUGACGUGACUACAUUGGCUCUUAUCAUAAGCUCGUCGCCCGUACUUUUUAAUAUUUUAAAUGAGUGAAUUGCCUCCGGGCAAUUACUUGUAUUAACGGAAGAGUUUUACUCCCAAGUUAUUGCCGACGUACGGCGAUUUUUAACGGAGAUCGAUUUACAGGACUUUUCGCAUCAACAUUUUUGUGAGAGUGACGUAGUGUUUGAUAUUAUCAGUGAAAAAUGAGUUGGACUGAGGUUGAAUCAGCAAUAAAAUCAUGUGUGGUGUCAAAAAAAGGUGUCAUGACUCUGACAGAUCUUGAAGGAGAAUAUUAUGAACUUGUUGGCCAGGCCAUUCCAUUCCGAACAUUCGGUUGUGAUUCAUUAGAAGUAUUUCUGCAUAAGAUUUCAGGUGUUUAUCUUUCUCAAAAUGGAAGAGGAGAAAUUGUUAUCACAGCUAAUAGCAAGAAAACUGAACAUAUUGCAAACUUGGUUAAGAAGCAGAAGGCUGAUCCAAAGGCUCUUAAAAAAAGGACUAAAGUUACUUAUUCUACUCCAAAGAAGCGGUUCUGGGCAGCAAGACGAAAUACUUCAAGACAUUUUCAAGUAUUCAAUGGAAAUGUUUCAAGAGCUAGAGCCUCACCAUCCAAGUCAAGAGGGCCAGGAGCCAAUGGCUACUCCAAGUUCCCAGCUGACAGACAUUAUGCUUACAACUCGCGUGUGUCUUGCACCACAGUACGUUACAUACCUGCUGGAGAAGAGCUGAGUGAUGACUCUUAUGGAUGCUCACCGGAUAGAGGCCAGAAACAGUUCACUUCGGAUGACUCUGAUGUUCAAUCAGAUAUAAACAUAUUGAACGUAACAGAAAUUGGUAAUCGCAUGAUAGUGAAAGAAGAACCAAAUACAAGUACAGUUAUUGCAGGAUAUUCUGCUGGUUUUCUAAAUGGCAAUUCUUCAUCUGCUGACCAUUACCGAACAGUUACUUUUACUGGUGAUACAUUGAGAUGCACAGUAUCUGGGACUCCACUGCCGGAUACUGAUUAUGUUUCAGUGAAUAUAAAUGAUGUGGAAGAUUCACACAACUACAGUAGUUGGGAUAACGGCCCUGUUAUGUUGGGCUACCACUUGGUGGGGGAUGAUUUUCUUCUUCAAUUUGCCUAUGAAUGCCUCCAUUCAGAUUAUGAAUGGGAUGACUCUGAAAGAUUGACCUGUGGUAUGUGUAUAUCAGGACAGACUAUCCAUGAUUUUCAUAUGCAAGUGCAACAUGAGGGGGUUAUUCAACCCAAAAUAAUGUUGAUGCUUGGUGCAGUGGAUAUUCUACAGAACCGCUCUUUACGAUAUAUCAUUGAUGAUAUGACCGAUCUGCUCGAUGAUCUUCUCAUUUCUGGUGCUAAGACUGUUAUGUUGUUGACCAUUCCUUUCCUCAAGAAUGCAGGUCGUUCAAAUAGGAAAGUAUUGGAAUUCAAUGAAUUUCUGAAGACUCUUGAUGAUGGUGUUAAAGUGCAGGUCUUGGAUGUGCAUCCUCUUUUCUGCAGUUACUACCAGAAUCAAACUUAUGACAAUUGCAUGAACCCAAAAUGCUAUGAAUUAUCAGCAAGAGAUGUCCUCUGUUAUCCAAACGGAGUGGUGUUGUGGAGUCACAUUGGAAGGAGUUACCUUUACAACUUCCUUCUUCAACAGUUGACUGAACUGGAAAACACACAUUGAUCUGAUAAGACUGAACAUUAUGAAUCAGAUGGUGUACCUGAAGAAAGGCAGAAGUACUUCAAAAUGUAUAAUAUUACUCAAUUUUGCAGUUUCAAAUUUCAACGUACCAAACCAACUUAAACAAAGGCAAAAGUUCCUACUUUAUAUGAUUACCUAGAUAAGAUAAUUUGUUCUUAUUUAAGUAACCAUUUACUUUUAUGAAGUAAAAGACUGUUCUUUUUACUUUUAUUGGCAAAGUUUUAAAACUUGAAGUGUGCUUUCAUGUAAUGAGUUUUUUGUAGUAAUUUUAAGGACUUUUUACCUUGAAAGUUAUAGUUUUUUAUUAUUUUUUUUUAAAACAUGACUUGUUUUUAUUUGAAAAGCUUCAAAUAAAAUAUACAUUGUUUGCUAAGUUGUUCUUAUUUGUGGUGCAUUUUUGUAAAUGAUUUGCUUCUGUGGCAAAUGGAAGAUGGCAGUGUCUGUGACUAUUCUACUCGUGAAAUUGAAACCAAUAGUGUUUUAAGUAUAUAUAAAAAAAUUAUAAUCCAGGC